AUGGCUUCUUACGUCAACAAUCUAGAGCCUUCUAUUGUUAAUAACGUUGAUAUAUGUCUUCCCAAGGACAAGGUCGGCGUCAGCCAGGCCGAGCUUGAGUCUGCCGAGAAACCUCCAGUCACCGACGACUACAUGUACGACUUUAAGUAUAAUCACGCGCUUCCAACUUCUAAUGUUUUGGGCGUCAAGAUUCCCCUCGACUGCAAUGCCCAGACAGAGGCUACGGCCAUGGUGACUCGCCUCUCUGAAGUUUUAGGCAGAGGUGACGCGCAAGGCUUCACGGAUAUGUUCCUUGAAUAUGGCGUUUGGCGGGACAAGCUCUCAUUCACCUGGGAUUACCGUACUUUCAACUUCAAACCAGCAAUUCUCAAGGCGGCCACGGAUCUUUUUCCUAACACCAAGGCCACCAAUCUAGAGUUCCUCAAACCCGCCCCAAAGAUUGACCGGCCCUACCCCGAUUAUGCCCAGCUUCAAUUCGUCAUAUCCUUUGAGACCGAGGUCGUUGUGGCUUCCGCUGUCGUCAACGCCGUCCUCACUCGAGACGGCUGGAAGAUAUAUACCAUGCACACUGUUGCUGAGAGAUUAAAAGAAUUUCCCGAGAUUCCCUCUAAUGAGGGACACAUAACUGGCUCUGUCAGCUGGGAGAAGCAGAGAGAAAUUGAUGUUGACGCCGCCGAUCCCGAGAUUCUAAUCAUCGGAGGUGGCCAAAACGGACUAGCGUUGGCUGCCCGGUGCAAAGCGCUCGGUAUGGAUAAUCUCAUCAUAGAGCACAGCGAGAGGGUUGGUGAUAUCUGGAAGAAGCGUUACGAGUACUUGUCGCUUCAUUUUCCCCACUGGGCCGACGACUUGCCCUAUUUCCCCUAUCCUAAACGUUGGCCCACGUACACACCAGCCCAAAAGCAGGGGGUAUACAUGGAGUGGUAUGCCUCGGCUCUUGAGCUCAACAUCUGGACUAAAUCAUCGAUUGUUAAAGCCGAUCAAGACGAUCAAGGCAAUUGGACUGUCGUGGUGGAUAAAGGGGGUAAGGAGAUUCGAACCCUUCAUCCCAAGCAGAUCGUAACGGCUACCUCCUUGCUCGGCACACCUAUGAUCCCCGACAUCCCUGGUAUGUCCGACUUCAAGGGCGUCAUCCGCCACUCGUCCGCACACGACAGUUCCCGGGACUUCGUAGGCAAGAAAGUCUGCGUAGUCGGCACCUCGUCCUCAGGCUUCGACACCGCCUUUGACUGCUCCCGUCGCGGUAUCGAUGUCACACUUCUACAGCGGUCGCCAACCUACAUCAUGUCCCUAACUCAUUGCAUUCCACGCAUGAUCGGCGACUACGCCCCAGACGCGGACCUAAACCGACCGAAUCUCGAAGAGCAGGACCGAAUUUUCUUCGCGACUCCCACCGGUCCCGCCGAGGAAUUCGCCAGACGCACGGCCAAGAUCCUCGAGGACCUGGACGGGCCACUACUCGAAGGGCUCCAUGCGCGCGGACUUCGGACAUGGCGCGGUCAGCGCGGCACCGGCAAUGCGACGCUGGGCCAGACGCGCAACGGGGGCUUCUACUACGACGCAGGUGCAUGCGAGCACAUCAUCAACGGCAAAAUCGAAGUAGAGCAGGGUUCUAUCGAGCGCUUCACGGAUAACAAAGUGAUUCUAAGCGGCGGUCGCGAGCGCGAGUUCGACUUAAUCGUUUUCGCGACCGGCUUCACCAACACCAUCGACUCCAUACGCGCUACGCUUGGAGACAAGAUAGCGGACCAGUUUAGUCCCAUCUGGGGGAUCGACGAGGAAGGCGAGUUCCGGGGCGCUUAUCGAGAGACUGGGGUGCGCAAUUUGUGGCUUAUGGUUGGUUACUUGCCGUUUACAAGGUACCAUUCAAAGUUGCUUGCUUUGCGGUUGAAGGCUUUGAAGGAGGGGGUUGCGUCUGCGCCUUAUUCGAAGUAG